GCUGCCCAAGCCGUCAUGCCGGGCUGCAGACCGCUCGCAAUGCCCUCCCCGCCGCCACCGCCGCCGCCGUCCCGCCCCGGAGGCGGACCCGGCCCUCCCCUCACAGAGGCGGGGGCGGCGGUGGGGAGACGGGCCGGGCGCGCCAGCCGCGCCGCCAUGGAGGUGGACGUGGCGGAGGAGGAGAAGGCCGGGCCCUCGGCAGGCGAGAAGCGGGGACCUGCCGACCCCGCGGGGACCGCGCCUGGCGGCGGCAGCGGCCACUACGAGCUGCCCUGGGUGGAAAAAUACAGACCCAUGAAACUGUCCGAAAUAGUUGGAAAUGAAGAUACUGUGAGCAGGCUGGAGGUCUUUGCAAAAGAGGGGAACGUACCAAAUAUUAUCAUUGCUGGCCCCCCAGGAACAGGUAAAACCACCAGUAUCCUCUGCUUGGCUCGUGCUCUGCUUGGCCCUGCAUUAAAAGAUGCUGUUCUGGAGCUGAAUGCCUCAAAUGACAGAGGCAUUGAUGUUGUGAGAAACAAAAUCAAAAUGUUUGCCCAGCAAAAGGUCACACUUCCAAAAGGUCGGCAUAAAAUAAUCAUCCUUGAUGAAGCAGAUAGCAUGACAGAUGGAGCACAGCAAGCCUUGAGAAGGACAAUGGAAAUCUAUUCCAAAACGACGCGCUUCGCCCUCGCCUGCAACGCCUCUGACAAAAUCAUAGAACCCAUCCAGUCCCGGUGUGCAGUGCUGCGUUACACCAAGCUGACAGAUGCACAAAUCCUUGCCAGGCUACUCAAAAUUGUUGAGAAGGAGGAUGUACCAUAUACAGAUGAUGGACUAGAAGCCAUUAUCUUCACAGCCCAAGGAGAUAUGAGACAGGCAUUAAACAACUUACAGUCCACCCACUCUGGAUUUGGCUUUAUAAACAGUGAGAAUGUCUUUAAGGUAUGUGAUGAGCCUCAUCCUCUGCUUGUGAAAGAAAUGAUACAGCACUGCAUAAAUGCAAAUAUUGAUGAAGCAUACAAGAUCCUUGCCCACCUGUGGCGUCUUGGAUACGCUCCAGAAGAUGUUAUUGGCAACAUCUUCCGUGUGUGUAAAACCUUUCCGAUGCCAGAAUAUCUGAAACUGGAAUUUAUCAAGGAAAUCGGGUACACUCACAUGAAGAUUGCAGAAGGUGUGAACUCCCUUUUACAAAUGGCUGGGCUGCUGGCCCGGCUGUGUCAGAAGACUGCAGCCCCUGCAGCCAGUUAGGCCCCUCCCUGAGCCCAGCCCAACUGCCAGGGGAGGAAAACCUGGUGUGGGUCUGUUCCCUGGUUCUGCUAAAUCACAGAAAAAUGACCAGUUCUAUUGUAAAAACGUUCUGUACUUUUUUAUUUAGACCAAUAAAGCUUUAAAAUCGGCUUUAACCCGA